AUUUCACCACUUCGAAAACUGAACAACCUACAACCUUCGUUCAAAAAUAUGGCAGAAAUAAUUGUCUCUGUUGCUGGGAAAGUGUUAAAUAAGCUGACCACCCUUGCUUCUGAUGAAGUGUCUUUGGCAUCUGGUGUCAAGAAUGAUGUAAAACAGCUUGUUGGCAGUUUAAAUACUAUCAAGGUUGUUCUCUUAGAUGCUGAGGAGAAAAAGAAUCAUAACCUGAAGCUGAGAGUUUGGCUGGAAAAGCUUAAGGAGGUUUGCUAUGAUGCAGAAGAUGUUUUAGAUGAAGUUGAGGUGGAAAAUCUGCGUAAGCAAGUGGUGAAUUGUCAGAGCAUUACAAAAAAGGUAUGCCACUUUUGUUCAUCAUCAAAUCCAGUUGUUUUCCGUUUUACGUUGGGGCAUAAAAUUAAAGAGAUCAACAAGAGGUUAGCAAAAAUAACAGUUGAUAAGAAUGAUUUUAAUCUCACUGAAAAAAUCGAUAGCAAUCAUGUUAUAGAUUGGGAUAGGGAAACUCACUCUUUUAUUCGUGAUUCUAAUGUUAUUGGUAGAGAUAAAGAUAAAGAGAUGAUUAUUGAAAGCUUAUUGCAACUAAGUUAUGCUCAUGAAAAUGUUUCUGUCAUCUCUAUUGUUGGGAUAGGAGGUUUAGGAAAAACCACACUUGCAAAAUGGGUGUAUGACGAUAAAUUUGUGAGUGACCAUUUCAGUUUGAGAAUGUGGGUUUGUGUGUCAGAUGAAUUUUCUUUAAAAAAACUUUUAAUUGACAUCAUCAAUUCUGCAACGGGACAAAAAUAUAAUCAAAUGAGUUUAGACCAAUUGCAAAGUGAACUACGUGAUAUUAUAAGUCAUGAAAGAUAUUUGUUAGUUUUGGAUGAUGUGUGGAAUGAAGUUCAUGGGUUGUGGUUGGAAUUAAAAUGUUUACUAAAUGAAUGUGUUAGUGGAAGUAAAAUUUUAGUAACCACACGUAGUGAACGUGUUGCCUCAAUUAUGGAUACUAUAUCUACACAUAAGUUAGAAGGUCUUGCUCUUGAUCAAUGUUUGUCAAUAUUUGUUAAAUGUGCAUUUAAAGAAGGGCAAGAAAAACAACAUCCCAAACUUAUAGAGAUUGGAAAAGAAAUUGUAAAAAAAUGUGGAGGUGUUCCAUUGGUAGUCAAAGCAUUAGGAAGUCUUCUCCAUUCCUCAACUUCUGAACAAGAGUGGAUAAAUGUGAGAGAUAAUGAGGUAUGGAAGUUGGAUCAAAAGGAGAAUAUGAUUUUACCUACUCUAAAAUAAGUUAUAAUAAGUUAUCACCUCCUUUGAAACAAUGUUUUGUCUAUUGUUCUAUGUUUCCAAAAGACUUCAACUUUGAGAGUGAUGAUUUGGUUUACUUUUGGAUGGCCCAUGGGCUUAUCCAUGCCCACAAUAAAAAUGAAGAUUUGGAAAAUAUAGGCCUGCAAUACAUAAAAGAAUUAAUGUGGAGAUUUUUCUUUCAAGAUAUUGAAGAGCUUGGUAAUGAUGAUUAUAGCUUUAAAAUACAUGAUCUGAUGCAUGAUGUUGCCACAUCAUUGUUCCAAAAUGAGUGCUUAACAGUGAAAGGGAGUAACCAAAUUGCUUCCAAAACUUCUUAUCGACAUUUAUUUUUUCAUGGUGUUGAUGGUGAAGUAGCUACUCUGAACUUUAUACGUAGCUUGAGUAACGUGAGAAGUGUUUUGUUUUCUUCAUUGAUUGGAGAAGAUAUCACUAUUAACCAAUCUUUUUUGAAAUUACUUAUUUCAAGAUUUCAAUUCUUGCGGAUGUUACGUUUAUAUAAUCUAAGUAUAGAAGUAGUGCCUAAAGGAAUUGGUAAUCUUAUGCAUUUGAGAUAUUUGGAACUAGCAUCAAACCCGAUUAAAAAACUCCCAAGUUCCAUUUACAAGCAACAAAAUUUGCAAUAUCUUUCACUGUAUGAAUGUGAGCAAUUAGAAGGGUUACCAAGAGAAGUAAAGUACUUAAUUAGUCUUAGAUUGUUGGACUUAACAACAACGCAAAGGCAUCUACCAAGCAAUGGAAUUGGCUGCUUGAAUUCUCUUCGACGUUUGAUCAUUUACGGGUGCAGCAAUUUAGAAUAUUUGUGUGAAGAUAUUGGUCGUCUGAGCGCCCUUCGAAGACUAAUAAUUUUUGAAUGUCCAAAUUUAAUCUCAUUACCACGUGGUGUAAGAAACUUAAGCUCAUUAGAAGACCUUCGUAUCCUGGAUUGUGAAAGGCUUAAUCUUGAUUUGAGCACAGGAUCAGACAAUCAUGAUGAACUCGAUAGCACAGGGCCUUCCCUUCGAUUCCUUUAUAUUUUUAAUUUACCACAACUGGUAAAAUUGCCGCAAUGGCUACUUCAGUGUUCGACAGACACUUUGGGAGAAGUAAUAAUUUCUAACUGUCCAGAAUUGUCAUCUCUACCAGAUGAUAUGAAUCGUCUCACCUCUUUGAGAGAACUCAAGAUUGGUCUUUGUCCUAAACUGAGGGAAAGAUGCAAACCAGAAACAGGUGAAGAUUGGUCCAAGAUUGCUCAUAUCCCCAAGAUUGAACUUGACAGAGAAAUUAUCAAGUCAACCGAAAAUUAGGGGAAACUUGAAUUAAAUUUGUGAGUUUUCAAUCUCAUAAUUCAGCCUUGACAAGUAAAU